CUCAAUCAGCAUGGCUUAACUGGCCAGUUCGUUUAAAACGUUAUACGUCAACGGUGACGCUCCGCCACGCCGUCGACUUAUCUGUUUGUGUCCGAUUGAGAUUUUCUAUUCAAACGCGUUGGAGAUUCCAUUCGUUUGUCUUUGCUGCUACGGACGUGGAUCUUUAAAGGACAGUGUUCUAGCGGAUGAUUUUUGAUUUUGGAAACUGCUUUCCGAAAGACUCAGUUUUGAUCGAGCCUAAAUUAAAAAUUGAGAUUCUUCUCUGAUUUUGACAAAAAUUGAGAUUGUUCAGUUAGCAUCGAUUAUUGUCUCUUUCAUCGAUUACCUUGGCGGUUACCCUGGCGAUCGGUAUGACGAUCCCGAUGACCGACACCGCCUUGGAUAUAGAGAAGAAGGCGAUCGGGCGUUGCGCUCAACGCAGUCAUCGUCUUCGCAUCUGGUUCUACUGCGGCAUCUUCCUGAUCAGUUCCGCCGGCUUUUACAUGUUCUGGUACACAGACGCGAUCAACAACUACGUGUUGUCGUCGAUGGAAUUGCGUAACGGCACUCUCAUCUUCGACUGGUGGCAGCGCCCACCCUUGAAGAUAAAAUACAAUGUCUAUAUCUUUAAUUACACGAACGUGGACGAAUUCGAGGCGAACGAGGCGAGCAAGCUGCGCGUCCAGGAGCUUGGUCCCUACAAAUAUCAAGAGACAAUAAGUCGCACGAACGUGGUGUUACACGAUAAUGGCACGAUCACUUAUCAGACCAAGAGAUCCUACGAAUGGAUAGGCGGGCGGCGACCCAAGGACGAUAUUGUCCUGGUGCCGAACGUGCCAUUGAUGUUCACCACCGCGUACGUCCGGGACCUGAGCUUCGCACUGCGAUUCGUUACUAACACGGUGCUGUCGACUCUGCAGGAGCAGUCGUUUAUCAACGAGACUGCCAAUGGUUUCCUCUGGGGAUACGACACUCAGCUCUUCCACAUGGCCAAGCCGUUGUUAAUGCUGCAGCGGGACAUACCCUUUGAACAGUUCGGCAUGCUGGCCAUGAAAACUGGUAUCGAUAAGGAUCGCAUCACGAUACAUACGGGAUCGAAAAAUCUCGGUGUGAUCGACCGGGUGAACGGAGUGAAGAGCCAGGUCAUUUGGGAUGACGAGCAAUGCGAUAAAAUUGAAGGCACUGAGGGUAGCAUGUUUCCAUCACAUUUGAUACAGGACACAAGUAAACCCCUUUACGUGUAUGCUAAGGAUAUUUGCAGGACGAUACCACUCCAUUUCGCCGAACAAGUAAUUACCUACGACAUACCUUCUUUAAGGUAUAAAUUGACCCCAGAUGCGUAUAACUUCUCAAAUAAGCAAAACGAAUGCUUCUGCCCGAAAGUAUAUGAUAAGAGAGUCUGUCCGCCCUCAGGACUCUUUAACGUGUCCGUGUGCAAUGAUGGCUCGCCCUUGCUCGUCUCAUUUCCGCACUUUUAUGGUGCCGACAAGUCUUUGCUGGAACAAAUAGAUGGUUUAAAUCCUCGGCAGGAAGAUCAUGAGAACUACAUGGACAUACAUCCGCGCUUAGCAAUUCCCUUAGCCGGCUGGUCGAGGAUGCAAUUAAAUCUGGAGGUGCGAAGGGCAAUCGGCGUGCCGUUUCUCGGGAACCUGAAGGACGGCAUGAUUCUUCCACUUAUCUGGGUCGAAAUCGGAAUAGCCGACCUUCCGGAACAGGUGUUGGAAGCCGUCCAGAGCGCGCAUUUCACAGUGGGCAACAUCGAAUUGGCUUUGCAAUGGGGUACUCUGAUAACGAUGAUACUCUCCUUAAGUGCUAUGAUUGCUUGUCUCUGGAAAUCUCGCUCGAAACAGGAUGUGGUUCUCUGAAGAAACUCGUUCGUUCAAAAUAACCUUCUUGAGAUGCUCUGAACGGAAUGGAAACCGCUUGAAAAAAAUGAACGAACAAGCGAAAACCGUCGCGAUCUAUUCGAAAAAAGAAAACAAGAAUUCUGAGGUAAUACGGAUGUCCAAAAGAUAUUAGAACUAUAUUUAGUAUAAUUUUUUAGACGCUUGGAAUUUUUUAAACGCUUCUUGAGGUUCUUGUGCUCGAGAUGUUCGAUUAAAGACAAAAGAUGCCGAUAAUUUCUCGUAAAGGCACGGAAAACGAAUUUGGGUCAAGUAAAACUCGGUAUCGUAAAUAAUAAUUAUUGUGCAAUUAGAAUAAUGUACGUUACUGGCAAACUAUGUUAAUCAUUUCUAUACGGAGAGAGUUGUCAUUAUGAGGCAUAAUUUCAAUGCGAUAAUGAGAAUUAAUAGAUUGCUCGAAGAUAAAAACGGUAAAAUGCUCAUCCAUAUGAAAUUUUUUGCUAACAACGCUUUGCGGUUUGAUAAAACGUUUAACAAGCGAGUUUAUUCUGGAUCUUAGGAAUGGACUUCUAUUUUUGUUUAUCCCGAAUAAUAACGUUUUCAAAAAUAUGAUAAAAAUAUUAACCCAAGCAGAACAACAAGUCAUUAUGAUAUCAAAAUGAUGUCAAAAUAACUCCAAAAUAAUCACUAAAAGUCGAAUUUUUCAAUCAUUUCCGAUUCAUUUUAAUGUCAUUUUGACCUGUUGUUCUGCUUGGGUAAUAUUUGUUCGCAAAAUUGAAGGACAUUUUUUAAGUAAAGGGCUUAAAAACAAUCAACAAGCUUCUAAAGCUCCCUUUUAUUCGUACGCGAUCCAUCGUGGAAUCAUUUAAUAUUGCGAAUAAUCCGGCGAACGCAAAAUCUAAGAGAAUCCCGGUGGACCAGUAAUUCCUAUGAUAAGUUGACGUACCGUUGUUGCAUCGUGAGAAAGUGACAGAGAGACACGCCCGCAACACGGCCAAAGUUGUGAUUGAGACUUUAGUGCAUCGGAAAUAAUGUGUAAUUAUGCCGGUAGCGGUUGCGAUCCGUCGAUGGUUAGCAUUUGCAUCUCGUCGUGUUAAAUUAUUACUUGGCGGUGUCGCCGACCGCGACGGUACGUUACAUCGCGCCGUAAUGAUCGACCUGUACUUAAUUAAGCGGUGACGCACACGCGACGGCAGUACGUAUUACAUACGACCGUUCAAUUAAUGAGCUCGUCUCAACGACGAGAUUCGAUACAGGUUUCUUUAAUAUAGAAUGUAAGAUUUUUGCAGAAUUAGAUAUGUAUGUAAAUUCACAUAAAAAUAUUUAUAAAAAUAUAAAAGCAUUAAGGUUCACUUUGAUCGAAUUUCUCUU